AACAACGAACUGUCCCCUUCUAGACCUCCUUCUGCUUCUUUCAUUUUGCUGUCACUUUGAGCCACCUUUUUCUCUUCAUCUCCUGCUGCUCCCAUGCACCCUAUUCUUCCCCUUGUACUCCACUAUUUCCCCGUUUCUCAUCCUGUGCCACCAAACAUUCCCCCCUUGCACCGUUCAUCACCACAUGCUAGGGACAGCUAGUGAGUGAUUUUUCUAUCACUCUAUCUGCAAAUGAUCUGGGACUGCUACUGUGAGACAAGAAGCAUUCAGAGCAAGUGCAAGAGAAGAAGGAGGAAAAUCAAAGGUUGGAUUCCUUGCCUGCAUGACACUCAGUGGUGUCUCUGAGGGCGAUCGGAAGAGAGACAGUGGAGCUUGGCAAGUCCAUGGAGAGGGACCUGGGCUUGGGCUGCUUUGGACUCUCCAAGGGCUGCUGCUGGUGAGGAGCUUUGCGCGCAGAGCGCACCGCGAGCGCAUCCUCUGCACAAGGGCAGCAGGCAGCAUGGCUUGGGCGACUACCACCACCACCUUGUGCUUCCUUUUGCCCUGCCUGGAGGUCCUCCUGUCUGGGGAAGUGAGUGGUCUGCUUGGCGGAGGGGACCGUCUCGACUGUGUCAAAGCCAGUGACCAGUGUCUCAGGGAGCAGAGCUGCAGCGCAAAAUUCAGGACACUGAGACAGUGUGUGGCCGGCAAAGAGAGCAACUUCAGUCGGGCGACAGGCCUGGAGGCGAAGGACGAGUGCAAAAGCGCCAUGGAGGCUCUGAAGCAGAAAUCUCUUUACAAUUGCCGCUGCAAGAGAGGCAUGAAGAAGGAGAAAAACUGUCUGCGUAUUUACUGGAGCAUGUACCAAAGCUUACAGGGAAAUGACUUGCUUGAAGAGUCACCUUAUGAACCAGUUAACAGCAGGUUAUCGGACAUAUUCAGGCUAGCGCCAAUUGUGUCAGCAGAGCCUGCCAUUUCAAAGGGGAACAAUUGUUUGGAUGCAGCAAAAGCCUGUAACCUAAAUGAUACUUGCAAGAAAUUCCGGUCAGCUUACAUAACUCCCUGUACCACCAGUGUGUCUAUUGAUAUCUGUAAUAAGCGGAAGUGUCAUAAGGCCCUGAGGCAAUUUUUCGACAAAGUUCCCCCAAAGCACAGUUAUGGGAUGCUCUUCUGCUCCUGCCGAGAUGUUGCAUGCACAGAGAGGAGGCGGCAGACUAUAGUUCCUGCGUGUUCAUAUGAGGACAAGGAGAAGCCAAACUGCCUGAAUUUACAAGAUACUUGCAAGACGAAUUACAUCUGCAGAUCUCGCCUUGCAGAUUUUUUCACAAACUGCCAACCAGAGUCACGGUCUAUUAGUAGCUGUCUGAAGGAAAACUAUGCUGACUGCCUCCUUGCUUACUCUGGGCUUAUUGGUACUGUUAUGACACCAAAUUAUUUAAACUACAACAGUCUCAGUGUCUCUCCAUGGUGUGAUUGCAGCAACAGUGGCAAUGAUCUAGAAGAAUGUUUGAAAUUUUUGAACUUCUUCCAGGAUAAUAUAUGCCUUAAAAGUGCAAUUCAGGCCUUUGGCAAUGGUACAGAUGUAAAUGUGUGGCAGCCGUUCUUACCUGUCCAGACCACCACAGCUUUAACUACAACAUCUUAUAGAUCGAAGUCACUGGGAUCUGAAAACACCAACAAUGAAAUACCUACCAACAAUGACUUACCAGCAUGUGCCAAUCUCAAGGUACCAAAGCAGAGCUUCAAUGAAUCUGUAAUGACGGAACUUUGUGUGACUGGGAACACAAUUGGAAAAGAAACCGUGGCAGGAGGUUCCACCAGUCACAUAUCUGCUGACAGUUCAUCUCUUCGUAUCAGCAUCAGGCCAAGCACACUUCUCAUGCUGAUGGCAAAUGCACUCUCAUUCUCCUUGCUGUCACGUUCAGCAGAAUCCUUGUAUAUGCUUUAACAAAAGGACCUGUACAAAGCAAAAAGAAAAAGGAAGUGGAUCUGUUCCCUAUCCUCCUCUGUUGCUGAUCUAAGAUUACAGUUCUAGAAGUUGAGGCACUCUGAUAAAAAUAGUUCUGGAUCAUUCUCAUCAUCCUCAUGAUCAUAUUGUAUUGUUAUUAUGAUUGUUAUUAUUUUCUACUUUUAAAGGAAGCUUCUUGUGAUACUUAGGAGCUUUGUGAAAUACUUGAUGCAGAACUACAUUCCAGACUCAAAAGUCUUUUGAACACGGCUGUGUUUUAAAAGAGAUGGAACGUAAUUUGCCUGUAAAACAUCCAGAUUGGAUUCCUUUGUUUCCACCUUCAUUUUCCUUUCCAGUUACUUCAGCUGGACCCAAGUAAAAUGAAACCAUUUUUCUUAUUUCUCAAAUCUAAGGGAUAAUCCAUCAGGAAGUUCUCCUGUCCAAGGUCCAUUUGUAAACAGUGAGGUCUGUACAAUAGUAUUUGGUCCUUUUAUGCCACUGAUAAGUAGGGUGAAGAUAGGGCUUCAUCCUGACCAAAAUCAAUGCCAAACUAUGGCUUAUGGUGACGAUUGCUAGAGCAGAGUGGAGAGCUGUUGUUUCUGGCAAGGUAUGGGCCCAUUCUAGAAACAUGUGAGAGGUAGGCAGAUAGAAAAAGUCAGGGAUUUCCUAAGCUGCACUGUGUAACCUACACCUUGUACAUAGACAUCUCUAGCACAUGGGAAAGACCUCAGAGCAGAGAAGUUCACUGAAGAACUUCCAGGUGAUUUUUGGCCUUGAUUAGUUUAUUCCCAUUAUUUUUCAGUUAUAUGGUUCGAAAUAACAGGAGCAGGCUGUUGACACGUGAUGAAUGUCUUCCCAGAGAGUGAAAUUCAUGUUUAUAGACAGUUACCAAUGUUUUAAUGUUUUAGCAUUCUCUUCCAUGUUUAUAAAUGUAUGUGGUUUUGCAGUACUUGCUGAGAAGCCAUUGCAAGUCAUAUAUCAGUAUAAUACACAUAUUUUGUUCAAACAUUUCUGCAGAAAUAGAGAGUGAUAUUAAACUUUCUAACUCUAUUUUUAUUUUUCUGAUUAUCAUAAUUUAGCCUUAAGAAGAGGUAAAAGAAUAAUCUUGUAUUAACAAAAAACAACUGUUGUGAAUAUUUCAGUAAUCUAAAAUUCUUUUAUCUUUUGGGGGAUAUAUUUAAAGAAAUAGAAACUUGUUUUUGUUAAAGGAUGUCAAUGAUACAAUUGCUGGUCUUCUUUAUUGUAAUUAUACAGUUUAGUUAUUUUACUGUUUGUUGAAUAAACAUGACCUGAAAUCUUAAUUACUUUAAAGAAACACCAUUAUCUGCUUAUAUUUAAUUCUGGGAAAUUAAUGAGAAAUACAAAGCUUUGUUCAUUUUAAAUUCCUUCUUCCACAAUUUUAGAGAAAACCAUAAGCACAGAAGGUUGGAACGUGUUUCUAUACAUAUUUGUGGAGACACUAGAUUCCAUCCAGAUGGAGAUGUGUGUGCAUGCCAAUCCAUAUGUCAUCCUCAUUUGCUGGAUGUUGCACUUCCAAUUAAAUGAUUUUUGUAUUUACAACCCAUUUAGCCUAUGAGCUGAGGUAUUUGUGCAGACCGUAAACCUAGAGGAGGAAAUGCACUUAUAUAAAGAGUCCUUGCACCACUGAAAUCAUCAUGCCCUGGAGUUCACUACUAGAAACCACUUUGUAUACUUGGUCUUCAGCCAAGUAGAAUACAGUAAUUGAUUUUUAAGAACUGUGUUCUGUGCUCCUGUCUAGGGUCACACUGAAACCUAGCCUAAAUAUUGUCAACCUGCCCCCACUGAGCAUUCUUAAAGAAAAGAGUGGGAAACAUGCAGCACACCAGAUAUUGUUGAACAGUUCCCAGCUUUCCUCAUCACUUGCUACACUGCCUGGGAGUUGCAGUCCAACAAUAUCUGGAAAAACACAUGAUUAAAAAUUCUGCCUAAAGAAGUGUCUUGUGGAGGCAGAACUGCUGUCAGUGUUUGGCUUUGCUAAUACAUAUUGCUACUCAGUUGCAAUUUAGAUGAGCACAGCAUUCUGCCAUUUUUGACCUGCUCUGGUCAUGUGCAUUGCUGCUAGGAAGCGGGGUCCAUUGUUAUAUUUGCAUUUACAGUGAAGGUAUGCCAUGUACCAGUGAAGGUAUGCCAUGUGUUAAAAUAUGUGAACAUUUUAAUAGAUGUGUUAAACUGAACCAAGUAAAGGGGAAAGAUGGGUCAUUUCUGGUCUGCAGAUGUAGUUGGAUUGCUGCUCCCAUCAGCCCUAGCAUGUACAUCCAAUGAUGAUGGGUCAUAAAAGAGGCAGUCCAAAAUCACCUGGAUUGAUUAAUUUAAUAGCAGCCAAUAGACAGGACUGAGUAUGCCUGCUUGCAUUUGUCUCACACAGAAUGGUUCAUGGAACACAAGUGAAUCUAGUCUGUGCCCAUGUCAGUGUUAGCAUUACAAUGAGUUCAGUCAGCUCAAGAGAAGAGUUUUAUCAUUGAAUGAUAUAAUGCAAAUGGCACAGCACUAACCGUUGCAGGGCAAACUAUCCAGCUUUUUUAUUUUUUAAAAUUCAUAUCAGUAGUUUGCUUGCAGCUUAUGGGACUGCUGCCAUGAGUGAGGGUUUACAAGAUCAGAGCCUUACAUGGUUUACUUUAAAGAGUUUUAUUUCCUAUUUUGCCUAUGAAUUUCAUUCAAGUCAUUUUUUAUCUUCCUCCAUUGAUGUUGACUGUUUAUGAAAGGCCAUGAGAAUUUUGGUCAGUGUCUAAAUGGGAUUAACAUAUCAUUGAAUGGGCAACACUUGUCCUAAGGACUUCCUUUGCAGUGAACUCUGGUGGCUUGGUGGCACUUAAAGAAAAAGAGUAGUAGCUACAUGAUCAACAAUGAUUAGCUUUUAAUUUAAAUGAAAGUGGGAGACAGCUGCCUAAAACAAGGAGUUCAUUAUUUUAAAUUCAGUGUGUCACAUUCCUUUAAAAGAAAUGCUUGGUUAGCCAAGUUGUGGCUGAACUUCCAGAUUCUUUAUCCACUCUUUCCCUUAUUUACAGUAUUGUAAAUGUACAAUACAUUACAACAGGGGUGGGGAAUAUGUGGCUCUCCUGAUGGAUGAGUCAUUCCCAUCAUCCUUAGCCAGAACAACCAGAAUGGUAUGGGAUUAUGGGGUUUGUAGUCCAACAAUACCUGGGUGACCACAUAUUUCUCCCCCUUAGGAAUUGUAUUAGGAUUAUGCAUCUUAAUAACCACAUUUUAUUAUGUGUAUAGCUGGAUUGGUAAUUUUGAGAAUACCUGGAGAAUCUACAAGCCAUUGUUAUACAGACAUGGGAAGCUGCACUGUCUUUCAUACCGAGGCUGUACACACAGAGACUUUUUCUCUACUCUAAUGAAUGAGAGAAUACUUGUUUGGAACGUGCCUAAUGGAGUUCCAAAGCAUUUUGGGUCAGAGCUGUGUUACUUAAGCGGUGUAUAUGCAUAAUUUUGUUUUGUCUUCUAAGUAUUAUAGAAUCAUUCCAUUGGGCAUCAGAAAUAGUAUUUCUUUUCCUCAUGAGUGUCCAUUAUGAGGGUCUUUAUCAAAUUCUGUAGGUAUAAAAGAAUGUCCCAAACAUCAGAUUAGUGUUAUUGCAUUUGGAUGUACACAACCAUGUAAUCUCUUUCCCAGAGUUUGGUAAAGUUCAAAGUCCCAGAAUUCCCUAGCUGUCAUAGCUAACAGUUAUAUUGGUUCAGGAAUAUUUUUGUAACUCAAAAGUAACUUUUCAAACUCUGAUCUUUCCAGCCAUUAGUUCUGCCAAAGCUGGCUGUGCUGAUCAAUUUGUGAAAGAUUUGUUCUUAAUAAAGUAAUAAAUGGACCCUUGA